GUCAGGCUCGACGGCAUCUCCUUGCUCACGCUCUACCAAGAAGCGCUGACCACGGUCCGGCGGAUGAGGCCGAUCGCGCAGCUCGUGUGCAUCAGCAAGUCAUGUGCGCUGUACCAGCCUGGGGUUGUGCACUGCAAGAACAUUGGCGGGUCGGGCACCGAUGUCGAUUGGAAGUGCGAGGCCGACUUGCCCUCGUCGUUGCGGUAUGGAAAUGUCGAAGUCGGAUGCGAGGGCUGGAACGGGCCUGGGGACCCGUACGUUCUCAAAGGCUCAUGCUCGCUCAAAUACCACCUCGUCCAGCUCCCGGCCUCGCACCGG